UUAUGACACUCGGUUAUCUCAGCUGGUUGGUGUUUUUAUAUUGAAUUGUUUAAUAAAAAUAAAUUGUCUUGAAUAAAAGUAUAUUGUUAAAGUAUAAAUAAUAAAUUAUUGUAGAUUGUUAUUCUACCAUUAACAAUUACCAGAGAAAUAAUGAACUUCCUGCGGCAAACUAUUAGUGUUACGAAACAGUUGUCACAAAAAGUGCUCAAUGGCAACAUAUUGCAGUCUAUCCAAAGUGGCAGCCUAUUCGAGCCGACCUAUCGUAUGGCAUCCUUAAACCAAAUGCACCGCACUGGUCCACAUUAUAAAACGCGUCCGCCACGACAACCACUUGAUGGCAAACCUUUCGCGAAAGGUGUUGUCCUUAAGACACUUAUCAAAAAACCAAAGAAACCUAAUUCCGCUAAUCGGAAAUGCGUUCUCGUGCGCUUAUCUACCGGUAAAGAAAUGCUCGCUUAUAUACCCGGCGAGGGACACAACUUACAAGAGCACAACAUUGUGUUAUGCCGUGUAGGCCGCUGUCAAGAUGUGCCUGGCGUGAAAUUGAAAUGCGUACGCGGCGUAUAUGAUUUGGCGCACGUUAUCAAAAAGUGAAGAAAAGUGGUGGAACCUAUUUUUCUUAGUUUCCUUUUAAAUGUUACGAUAUGUAUAUGAAAUAAUAAAAUAUCCUUUAACAAAAUAAACAUGGUCACACUUCUUGUAAAAAUA